AUGCGAGCGAAGGGUUCGAGUUCGAAAUUCGAAAGCGGUCAUGUCAUCGCCUCUCGGAUUUCGUAUAAGUCACCGUCCAAUGUCAAAAUCGUGCACGUACCGCGAGCCGGCGUCGGGACAGUGCGGACUGUGCGGAACAGUGCAAUGCAGUCGUUGGUAGUGUGGUGGGCCGUGGUGUCUGCGGCCUGGGCGCUGGCCGGCGCGUGCUCGUCGUCCAUCUCCAAGCGGCCGGCGAGGCCCGCGCGGCCGCAGCGCCCGCCGCCUCAGCCGCAGCCCCAACCCCGCCUGAACGUCACUUUCCCCACCUUCAAGUGCGAGCCCGACUACUCGGAGUACUACUGCCUGAACGGCGGUUCUUGCUUCACCGUCGUCAUCUCGGACAGCCCCAUUUACAACUGCGAGUGCCGGAGUGGCUUCGUGGGGCAGCGCUGCGAGUUCAAGGACCUGGACGACUCGUACGUGCUCACGAGCCGGCAGCUGAUGAUGGAGACGGCGUCGAUCGCCGGCGGCGCGACCGUGGCGGUGUUCCUCGCGAUUCUAGUCUGCUUCGGGGCGUGGGUGCGGCUGCACCGGCGGGCGAAGGCACCGCUCUUCGGCGAGGAGUGCGGGCCUUCGCCCCCCGUGCAGCUGGUGGCCGUGGCAGCGCCGCGCGGCCGUGUGCACCUGUGCGCGCGCUAG